AUGACUUUCGAGUCCAAAGUGUCGGUCGACCCACUGCCGCUGGAGCUCGUGUCGGACGCCGGUGUGACGGAUCCGUGUUCCGCUGCACGCGCGCCUCUGGCUGCUGACAGCGAGCUAACCGAGCUACGUCACAGGAGAAGGGUUGUUUGGGAGUUGUUCCUGAUCCGAUGUGAGGUCAAAGACACGAUCAGUUGUCGUCGACCCGACAGACACAGGACGCCGUCCCUCACCAGGGCAACGACACGCCUUGGAGCAUCCGAGUCUGACCUGGAGAGAGAUUCAGGCUUCUCAGGUGGCAGCUCUGAGCACCUUAGUGCAGUCGCUGACUCUGAAGAUGCGGGAUGGAAUUACCCGAUCGGUCCGCAAGCAGCUGUGAUGGGAGGCCCGUAUGCUGGACUUUCUCCAAUGAUCAUCAUGAAUAACUUUGGAUUGAAGCAGUGAUCCCCGAUGGCUCCAGCAGAACAACAGUGGGGCUUUCCUUCGCCCGUGGAAGCUAUGCCUCAGUCACCGAUGGUUCUCCUUCAAACCGUGGCAGGCCUAUCAAAUGGUAGCAGCAGCUUCUCAAACACGGAUUCUGAGAACACCCGAGAAUCAAAAAGCCACGCGCCCAUCCUUAAGUCGUAUCCCAAAAUCACCCCACACCCAUCAGACGUGCCCACUAAGAGGCUGGGAUCCUCCAAGGUGAGGUUGAGUUCAACGUCGGGAUAUGACCAGCGACCCAAGAGGCACCACCACGACCACGGGCUCCUCGGGCUCCACGGCUCCCCCGGCCUGCAGCCGGCAGCGCAGACUACCAUCAAAUCCAUCUCAAACUGUGAAGCAGCGAACCAGCAGUCGCAGGCAGCUGAGAGUCAAGACAGUGACACGUCUCUCUCCGAGCUGGCGGGGAGCAACUCGCCGCUCCCCGACGCAGACGAAUUCAGCACGGACAUUUACAACCACGGGAUGGACGCUGACCAGGACGACGCACUCUCGACAGACGUCAACAAACUGAAACGUUUCAGUAACACCGACAACGUUCUCAACAAAUCCGGCUUGCUGAAUAUCACCAUGCGCACAAAGCAGUUGAUCAAGGAGAACAAGCGCACCCAAGGGCAGCUGCAGCAGCUUCAGGAGCAAACGGGGCUGCUGCACUUUUCAAACCCUUGCCUAUAAUUAAUUAUCUUGCCGUUGUUUCAGAAAAGAAAGUGUCGCUUGCAAAGGCUACGUCCUCGACAUGUUCCAUUCUUAAUUGCAUUAGACACAAGUAUACAUUACAUAUAAAGACACGUGGGGUUAAGUCCGCAUACAUGCCCUGAAUGUGAAAAUAUAACCAUCAUUUUUAAACCCGAUGUGGAUACAUUUGGCCUGUGUUUUAAUAUCCUCUUUGCCCUGGCGAAGCAAAGUUAAUGUAGAUAGAAUAACAUGAAGACAAGUCAAGUCAUUAAUGUUUCAGUUUUAUUUGUUAAAUUGAGGUUAACGGUUGAAUUAUUUAUUAUACCAACAAUAUGCUGCUGUUGCAAUAUUUUCUCAUCACGAUUAAUUUGAAAACUAAGAAAUAAUUAAACUAUAUUCUUAGUUCUCAAAGGGCAAAAGGAGAGCUCCUGAAAUAUUUUAAGAUUACUGUUCAGAGAUUGCAUUUUUUCUUUGUGAAAAGUACUUUCUGUGUUAAUCUUUAGCAAAUGUCACUUUGAAUAAAUCUCUGUAGACCAUU